GAAAAUAGAGAUUGCGUGACAGCUUAUUACCCAUUGUUUUACGCGCGCGUAGAUGGUAGAUGUGUUGGAACACGCUAACUCCCGCUCAACUCUGCCCUCUGAUCCUCGUUACAACAUCGGCGAGUCCUCCUCUUGUUGUCAGACUAGGGUAGGGUAAGCGCAUGGAGGUAUUUUCGCUUGUCGAAGUCGCUCGGGGAGGUUCGACUGUCAACACCUCGCUAGUCAGCAGUGGUCACGGGACUUUGGCCUGAUUUUUUCUAAAAACAUUCACUUUGGUCGCACUUUUGCUCUGUUGGAAGCGAACAAAACCGGAUGGGUUGGAAUGAUGUCUGUUACUACAACAAAUGGCACAUAGCACUUAUUACAAAGCCCAAACAAGGUGUUCAGAAAUGGCUCCAAACAGCGAAUCUGACCCUCUGCAAGAUGUCGAGAUAGUCGAACCCGCUGUUGAAGGACCGUCACAAGUAUUGCUAGAGAAGGGGAGCGAGGCUGGGGUAGUGGAGUCAAGUUGGUCAUGGCUCGUGUGCUUCGCUGCAUUUGUUAUUCUUCUCAUUAUCGGCGGAAUAAAUAAUAGUUCAGCUCUAGUGUAUACACAGCUGUUGGAGCGCUAUAACAAGGACAGGAGCGACACAGCUUGGGUGACGUCACUUGCUUCCAGUCUCGCGCACACCUUCAGUAUCCUAGCAACGUACCUCUGCCAGGCGUUUGGCUGCAGGCGCAUUGCUUUGGCCAGCGGUGUUUUGUGUGCGAGUGCCUUGGUGUGUAGCGCUUACAGCCCUUCGCUCAAACUCCUUUAUCUUUCUUAUGGCGUCGUGUUCGGCCUGGGAAGUUGUCUCGGUCUCAUAUCCUCUCUACUAGUGAUCCCGCAGUACUUCGGUCAGCGGCUAGGCCUAGCUGUGGCCCUCAGUCAGCUUGGCUCCCCCGUGGGGGUACUAGUGAUAAGCAGUUUAAUGCGCUACCUUUUUCGCACAGUUGGGUACCGUGUUACCAUGGUAGCACUGGCGUGUGCUCAACUUCUUGUGGUAGCCGGGGGGAUCACGUUUCGUCCGGUGUCUACCCUUGAGAGUGAUAAGACAAUAGAACAGCCAGUUAAGCCUAAAGCUACUCGUAGUCGGACGAUGUCUGUGUUCAAGAAUAUGCGCUUCGUCAUUUGGUUGUUCAGUUUGUUUAUCUUCAUACCUGCAUUGUUGAUCCCUGUGGUACACCUGAUACGCCUAGCGCAAGAUCGUGGAGUCAGCGUAUACAACUCCUCUUUCCUACUCUACUUCAUCGCGAUUACCUCUGCAGUGACCCGUCCGAUAAUGGGGCGCCUGUCCGACUGGUGCCCUUCCGGACGAGUCCUCAUCAUCCAAGUUGCAUUAAUCUUAAUGAGCCUAGCAAACAUCUUAGUUCCCCAAGCAGCUAGUUUCGCAUCCUUAUCGGUGUACGCAUGCGCGUAUGGUACAUUCGAUGGUUGUUUAUGGACAAUGAUGUACACGAUCACGUUUGACAUCGUAGGAAAGGACCAGUUCCCCACCGCCGUCGGUUGGCUGCUCUUCUUAAUAUCGUUCCCAGAAGUCGCGGGACCUCCGCUCGCUGGUUGGAUCUUUGACGUGUCCAAGAGUUAUAGUGUAGCGUUUUAUAUAAGCGGUGGAAUCAUGACAUUCUCAGCGGUAGCUAUGCUACCACUUCACUCGAAACUCGCCUGUUUACGUGAAAAUGGAUCAAUACAAGAGGAGGAACAGAUCCUCGAGAUUAGCCCCGUCUCUAGAGAUCUAGCAAGCUGAGCAUUAAAUUAACAUCGUUU